AUGGUCUCCGACGACGUCUACGAGGCGGCACUGCCGGUGCUGCACGACGACACGCUGGACGAGGAGGAUAAGACGGACAAGCUGGAGGAGCUGCUGCGCAAGGAAACAGGGCUCACUGGGAAGUCUCUCGAGAACAUUGUGUUGGAUUGUCUCUGGCGCUUUCGCGACGCAGGCAGCUCCUCGAGCUCACCCCCUCCGAGCCGCCAUACCGUCAUCCGCCGCCCCUCUCCCGCUCCAUGGCAAGCCAACCGCGUACCUACCCCCGUCAGCCAGUCGCCCAGGGCCGUACAUCCUCCCCCGGGCUUCGGCGUAGCUCCUCCUGGCUUCGUACGAGCAAAGUCUUCGAACGCUUCUCCCUUCACCUCCCCGCGACCGUCCCCGCGGCUCGCCUUUUCAAGCCCCCACAUCCCUCAUAGCCCGAGCCUCAGCGCGUACCAAUUCAGCGAAGGCCCGAGUCCGAACACUGAGCUCUAUGGUGACCUUGGUAGCGAAUCCGUAGACUGGCUUGUGAACGAUGACUCUGGAAGCACCGAAUCCUCGUCGUUCCAGGGCGACGGCACACUCAACGGUGCUGCAGCGGAAUGGGUCCAGCCCCAGACUGUGGAUAUGGGCCCCUAUGACAUGCUUCGAUCGAUCCUCCGCGAUGACCGACCCGAUGACGAGAUUGAGAAGGCCCUCGAGGCCAAUGGCUAUGAUCUAAGUGCCGCGCUCCUUGCGCUUAUGGGUACCCAGGCUCUUGAAGGGCAGCAAAUGUCAACAACCGUGCCUGAGCAAGCUACCUUUCAUAUCGGGAAGUCGAUGAGCCCGGCGUUCAGGCCUGCCACUCCCGCGGGCCAGGCAAAGAGCAACAUCGUAUGCAAGUACUACCUCUCCCAAGGCCAGUGCGCAAGAGCCGACUGCAGGUUUAGCCACGAUACUUCGACGACGCUGUGCAAAUACUUCAUGGGUGGAAAUUGUCUCGCGGGCACUAUGUGCAUGUUCUCCCACGACCCCUCAGCAUUGAUGGCUCGCAUGGCAAUUUCCGACGCUUCUACACCGCCGCUACAAGCAGCUAUUCCGAACUUCCAGAUGCAAGACUAUGAAACAUUCCCUACUUUGCAAUCAACGGGUUCGCCUGGGUGGACCCCUCAACUGUCGACCACUGAGACCGCUUCCCUCGAACAGCUGUACGGAUUGAGAGGCGUCCCGAAACAUCCUCCUCCAGGCCUGAGUCCGUUUCCUAACUUUACCCCUGGCAACCUCAGCCGCCCGCAAUCUCGGCCCAGUAGCAGGCAACACUCUCGAGCAACUACGCCUUCAGUCCCUGCGGUAGAUGACAACGAGGCUUUCCCCACUCUAGGUUCAGCUGCUGCGGCGAAGGCCGGGAAGCGGCACCACGGGAAGCGCGGUGGCCACGGCCAUAACAAUAAAGAACAUACGACCCCAAGCAAUCUUGCCGAUGUUGUGCGCAUGUCACCCUCGCCGGCACCUGCACAGCUCCGCAAAGGUCUCCGUCCAGCAAAGAGCUUUAACGGAUCUCGUGAGAACAGCGCUGUCGCUCAAGCGAUUCCCGCGCCUCAGCAUAUUCCAUGGCUUGAGACAGGCGAGAAAACAAAUACCGCGUAUCUUCAAGCCCGCACUGAAGCUUUCAAGCACGGUAGCUUGAGGAACAAGUUCCUGCAGAGUGCUGCUCAAGCCUGGAACCGCAGCGAUUCCCGCGCCGCGAAAGCUCUGAGUCUUCGAGGCCAGAGCGAGAACAAUCUCAUGCGAGAAGCUCAUCGUAAAGCUGCCCAAAUCCUUUACGAGGAGCGUAAUAAGGACACCGGGCCAGAUGCACGUGAGCUCUAUGUUGACCUACAUGGUACGACGGCACCGAAGCAUUUUGAAUCGAACUGUAUGCUCACGAAAUGCCCAGGUCUACAUCCAGACGAAGCAGUGUCCUAUCUUGAAGGCAUCCUCCUCAAGCACAGCUCUUCCUCCCGCCCCGUCUACGCCAUCACCGGAACCGGUCACCAUUCCAAGAACGGCAAAGACAAGGUCGGCAAAGCCAUUCGAACAUUCCUCAACGAAUGGCGAUAUGCCUUCCGCGAGUUCUCUGUGCCCGGCGAUCGCAACAACGUCGGAGGCAUCCUUGGUAUUGACCCCAGCAGCUACGACAAGAGCAUUGCGGAGCGGGCCAAGGAGAGCGAGGGCGGCUCGGCGAGUGAGCCGGAUGGCUUGAAGAAAGAUACCAAGGUCAGGAUAAUGAAGAGGGAUGAGGUGCUUAAUGCGCCAAAGGGACCGAAACGUGCCGGUGCAUGA